AACAGGCCUAACAUGCGCACUACCACUACUGUGGUCAACGAAGACGAUACCUCGUAUACCGUGCCCGUGGUCAGCGUAGCUGUCAACGGUGGAAAUGGCAAAAACAACAUAAAAAGACAGAACAUUGUUUGCUAACUACAACGUGACUUUGCUUAAUCUAUUUCUUUUUCUCUUAAAACACUUGAAAGUAUAAGUUUUUAACGCAUUUAUUGAACAUCUAAACUUAUACAUAAAAUUGAUUGCGGAUAGACAGACAACAGGGAGUUUACACAUUAAAAAAGGGACUAUAAACGUAAGUGACAAUUAAUUAACGAUUAUAAUUCACAAAUUAACCGACACAAUAAAAUCCGCAGCUAAAAGCAUCAUCCUAAAAAAUCGGGUGUGCUAGAAAGGAGUCCGAAAAUUCCUGCUGUCUCAUCCACCGCAACAAACUUUUAGGUUUAUAACCUCACAAGUGAGACAUCGCCUGUCGAAAUGCUAGGAUCGAAGAAGGGAUCCGACAGACGAUCUAGCGUCGUUCGACAGCUGACAGAAGAGGAAAGUUCGGCAGCUGGUUGCUGUCCCCUAUGUGAUCGCCCUGACGUGGCCGAUAAGUGGAUGGUACAGUGCGAACUAUGUGAGAAGUGGUUUCACUUCUCUUGUGCGAAGGUGAAUAGUAGUGUGAAGGACAGAAGCUUUGCCUGCACUACAUGCGCACUUCCUCCAGGCCCGGAAUCCGUGAGGACGGGGGCAUCCAGUACCAGUUCAACGAGGAGAAGGCUGGAGCUUUUACGACUGGAAGAGGAUAGGGAAAUCCAGGAGAGGAUCCUGAGGGAACACGCGGAAGAAGAGGCGGCUCUGCAGAAGAAGGCACAGGAGGAAGAAAAGGAGCGAAGGAAGAGGAUAAUGGAGGAGAAACUGGAGAUAGCGAGAAGAUACCUCGGCAAGAAGUACGAAGUGCUUCAGGAAGAGGAGCGGUCCAACGACGGUAAGAGCCGGAGAAGCAAUGUCAGCACUCGGAGCAAUCUCGACAACGUUCUGAAGUGGGUUGAGGAUCAUGAUUUAGCCAUGGCUACUGGAUCCGGGACAAAUCAAGUCCCCAUCAGUUCCACGCUAAUCACUGAAGCUGGCCACAAAGAAGCAUCUGUCGAAAUCUCAGCCGAUAGCAUACUCCCGACUGCCGCUGUUCAGAGUGGGGCCCGCACGACACCAGUAACAGUUACCAGACCGAACGAUUGUAACGACAUCGCAUCGUGGGGUAUGCUAGUUCCCCGUUCAGAUCAAAACCCAGUAAAUCCACCAGCAUGCCUACCCCCGCCACGAUCGACGACCUCCCACACCCCAGCCUUUCUGGGAGCAGCCGAAAUCUCGCCCCCACCGCCUCUUCAAGCUGGACUGCCGGCAACGUUUUCCAUGAACAUUUCCGCACCACACGUCGGCGAGAAAUCCAGAGCAGACCUAGAGCGAGAACUACACGAAGUGCAGCAGCAGCUAGCCAACCUGAAGCGAUCUUCGUCUGGGCACCAUCAUCCAAGUCCGAACAACAACAUUGCACCGGUGGUAGCAGUAACUACUAGCCUAAGUAACACUAUGAGUACAGGUAUGUCAAACUUGCAUGAUUCGUCCCAGGUAAGGCAAGGAGUAGCUAGGCAGGCACAUAUUCCGAUCGAUUAUUCAGUAGGUACUCAGGCUGCAGGUUUAGCUCAGGGUGUUGCAAUACGUACGUCACAAAACACAGUAUUGAACUCUAACGCCUCACAGGCAGGGAUGACAAGGGUUCCCAACCACUCCAAUGACUAUUCGUAUCAGGGUGCCCCUUAUGUACAACCAUCGCGACAAUACGAACCUAUUAUUCUAAACUCUGUCAAUCAGAAUCCGAUGUGCUCGGUCGGUUCUGUCGGUGGACAUUUGUCGCGGCAGUUCGUGUCAAGCUUUUCGAAUCCGUUAAUUCUGCAUUCGAGUGGUGCAGCUUCCAUUCCGUUCGUCGCGAGUGUGCCUAGUGUUCCGAACCCUAUCAUCACGCCGUCAGUGUCAAGACGAAUUCCCAACGAUCCUCCACCACUGGUGUGUGGGCCGAAUUCCCAGCAAAUUGCCGCAAGACACGUAGUUCCCAAAGAACUACCGGAAUUCACAGGGGAUCCUAUAGACUGGCCGCUGUUCGUGAGCAGCUACACCAACUCAACGCGUAUGUGUGGCUAUACGGACGAUGAGAACCUUAUGCGGCUUCAACGCUGCUUGAAGGGAAAUGCGAAGGAGGCAGUUCGAGGGCAUCUUUACCACCCGUCAUCUGUACCACAAGUUAUGGCGACUUUGGAAACCCUCUUCGGACGACCGGAAUUAAUUGUGAAGUGCCUCAUGAACAAAGUUCACGCAACACCAGCGCCGAAGGCGGAGAAGUUGGAAAGCCUCAUCAGUUUCGGACUCGUCGUGCAGAAUUUGUGCAGCCAGUUGCGGUCUAUGGGUAUGGAUGCCCAUUUGUCGAAUCCCACUCUGCUGCAGGAGCUAGUGGAGAAGCUGCCGGCCAACAUCAAGCUGGACUGGGCUCUAUAUCAAAGACAGGUUCCGGUGGUGGAUUUGAACGCUUUCGGCACGUAUAUGACAACGAUUGUGUCAGCAGCCAGCAACGUCACAUUCUACACAGAACCGCUUCGUAAGCAGGAGAAGCCCAAGGGGAAGGAUAAAGGUUUCAUCAAUGCACAUUCUUCAGAACCGGACCAGAAAAUCAAUCGUGAGGUCCAAAAGGGAGAUAGCAGUGCAAUUUCAACCUACCAACCGAAGCCGUGUCUGAUGUGUAAAAAGGACGGACACAAAUUGAGGGACUGUAAUAGUUUCAAGAACUUGUCAUUAGAAAAUCGUUGGAAGACUACGCAGCAGUUGAAUCUAUGUCGUCGCUGUCUGAUUCCUCAUGGUAAGUGGCCAUGCAAAGCUACGGUAUGCGGUGAAGGCAACUGCAAUGAGCGGCAUCAUCAGCUAUUGCACCCUGGGAAACCCCAUGCACCGUCCUCCGAAGUUCCAACAUCAUCGAAGGGGCAUUCCACGUCUCUUCCGCCAGCGAACGUGAAUGUUCAUCGGCAACUGCCGUGUCCGGUACUUUUCCGCAUACUCCCCGUGACACUACAUGGGAAAACGGCAUCAAUCAACACUUUGGCAUUCCUUGAUGAUGGAUCGUCGUACACGUUGAUGGAGAAAGGCUUAGCGGACGAGCUAGGCGUGGAAGGAGAAGUAGAACCUCUGUGUUUGCAGUGGACCAGUAAUAUCCAGCGAACUGAAUGGGAUUCACUAAACGUCCAGCUCGAAAUCUCGGCUGCUGGCAAAGAUCGAAAGCACUCGCUGGAAUGUGUGCGGACGGUCGAAAGUUUGAAUCUUCCACCACAAUCGUUGGACUAUGAGGGAAUGGCGAGCAAGUUCGAUUAUCUCCAGGGCCUCCCCGUAGAUAGCUACUCUGCUGCGGCUCCUCGUAUAUUAAUCGGUGCCGACAACGCAAAACUGUUGCUGACUCUGAAGAAACGCGAAGGAAGAUACUGCGAGCCAGUUGCAGCAAAAACAAGGCUUGGCUGGACGAUCUACGGCAAAGUGGAAGGACUCGACGGCUCCCCAGAUCAUCGCCUCCUUCACAUAUGCGCGCGUUCCUGCGACCAGCAGCUACAUGACGCAGUGAAUGACUUCUUUUCCAUAGAGAAUGUUGGAGUCGCUCUCGUUCCGCUCCUGGAAGGUGAAGAAGAUCGACGUUCGCGAGAGAUACUAGAGGCUACAACAAUGCGUACAUCAUCAGGUCGUUUCCAGACGGGGUUGUUAUGGAAAUUCGACUACAUCGAGUUUCCUGAGAAUCGAUACAUGGCGGAGAAACGAUUGAUGUGCCUGGAACGGAGUUUAUCGAAAAAGCCGGAACUAUACGCCAACGUUCGGAAACAAAUGCUCGAUUAUCAAACCAAAGGCUAUGCUCAUAGGCUGACUGAACAGGAAAUCAGCAACAGUGAUCCGAGAAGAGUGUGGUACUUGCCGCUAGGAGUAGUGCAAAAUCCCAACAAACCUGGGAAAGUUCGAGUUGUGUGGGACGCUGCAGCAAAAACUGGAGGCGUUUCUUUGAACUCAAUGCUGCUGAAAGGACCAGACCUGCUUACAUCGUUACCGUCAGUGUUGUUCCGUUUCCGUCAACGAGAGAUUGCCAUCACCGGCGACAUUAAAGAAAUGUUCCACCAGAUCCUCAUCCGUCCAGAGGACCGGCAAGCUCAACGAUUCCUGUGGCGGGAUAACCCUGAAGAUCCUGUACGAGAAUACGUAAUGGACGUUGCGACAUUCGGGUCGACAUGCUCGCCGUGCUCCGCCCAGUACGUGAAAAACAAAAAUGCUGAGGAAUGGAAACAGGUUUAUCCGGAGGCCGCUACAGCAAUUGUGGAGAGCACAUACGUGGAUGACUACGCGAACAGUUCGGACACAGUAGAAGAAGCGGUUCGCGUAGCUCUUGAAGUGAAAAAGAUCCACGCAAGUGCGGGAUUCGAAAUACGGAACUGGCUUUCUAGCUCCAAGCGAGUUCUUUGACGGGUCGGGGAACAAAGUGAGCAAGUUGCGAAAUCCUUCAUUGCGGAGAAGGCUACCAACUCAGAGCGAGUCCUUGGACUGUCGUGGGUGCCAGAGAACGACGAGUUUACGUUUGCCCUCAGACUACGACCGGACGUUCACCAGCUACUGGCGGAUAAUAUUAUUCCAACGAAGCGUCAGGUUCUGCAAGUAGUUAUGAGUAUCUUCGACCCCCUUGGGCUCGUGGCCGCGUUUGUCGUACAAGGCAAAUGCUUGAUCCAGGACAUUUGGAGAGCCGGUGUGAACUGGGACGAUCGUAUUCCGGAAGAUUUGCUGCAUCACUGGCGGCGAUGGGUUGAAGUGCUUCAAAAUCUGAACCAAGUGAAGAUACCUCGCUGCUACUUUCCUGGAUAUGAUCCACGUUCUCUCGACAAUCUCGAACUACACGUAUUCGUAGAUGCGAGUGAAGCUGCGUAUGCUUGUGCGGCUUAUUUCCGGAUUGUGGACCGUGGGCGGGUACGCUGUUCACUUGUAUCCGCUAAAACAAAAGUAGCCCCCUUGAAGCCAAUGUCAGUCCCUCGUCUAGAACUGCAAGCCGCAGUCAUCGGAGUCCGACUGAUGAAGUCGGUUCAGGAGAAUCACACACUACCAAUCAGUCGUCGUGUCAUCUGGGGAGACUCAAAAACAGUGCAGUCCUGGAUUCGUUCAGAUCAGCGGAAGUACAGGCAAUUUGUCGCAUACAGAAUCA